UAUGGAUUCGUAAGUAUGGAUUAGCACGGUGUGAAGUGUGCGAAGCCUGCAAAAAACAGGUAGGAUAAGUUUUCUAUUUUAAAGUAAUUAUGGAAGAUCCUGUCGCUAAGCUUAAAUCGAAACGCAAAGUAUUAAGGACCGCAGUGUCCAAGGUACUAAAGAAAAUUGAGACAGAAUUAAGCAAAGAUGACGUUAGUAUAAAUGUAAUAGAAGAAACUUUAGACAUAUUAAACGAAAAGGCAAAAACUCUGAGUGAUUUAAACACUCAAAUAGAACAGGAUUUGAAGGUCCCAGAGGAUGAAUUUGAACUUGAAGUUUCAUCCGCUCUAGAAUAUGAAGAAAAAAUCCAACUGUGGCAAUUUAGAGCAAGAAAAAAAUUGAGGGAAUUACACAAACUCGAAAAUUCGGAUCCUAAUGAAACCGCUAUAGAUUCCAAACUUGAAAAUAAUAAAAUUAUUCGCCUUCCAAAAUUGACUAUCGCUAAAUUUUUUGGUGAUUCUAGCAAUUGGCAGGAAUUUUGGAGUCAAUUCGAGGCAGCUAUCCAUAACAAUGACUCAUUAUCGAAAGUAAAUAAGUUCAGUUACUUAAAGUCAUUACUAGGUGGGGUAGUUUAUAAUGCCGUUUCCGGACUUUCGCUUACAAAGGAGAACUACGAUUCAGCUAUACAAUUGUUAAUUAACAGGUUUGGGAGAAAAGAUUUGGUAAUAAAUGCUCACAUGAAUAAACUGUUAAAUCUUUCCCUGUUAAAAAUAUAA